UCAACUGAAGCGUCUACUUCGACGUUCAGAUAAGUCAGCGGGCAGCCGGUGACAACUGAAAGAACGGGGAGAAGUGUAAACAGAGUUUAUCAUUAAGUAUUUGUAUUUGGAAGAAAGACUUUGGUUAUUGAGACGCAAUGGGACGUAGAAAGAGCAAAAGGAAACCGCCGAGUAAACGAAAGGCGAUCGAACCGCUUGACACCCAGUUCAAUUGUCCGUUUUGCAACCACGAAAAAUCCUGCGAGGUUAAGAUGGACAAAUCAAGGAACACGGCCAGAAUAACGUGUCGUGUAUGUAUGGAGGACUUUCAAACAACCAUAAACCUAUUAUCAGAGCCUCUUGAUGUCUAUAAUGAUUGGAUUGAUGCCUGUGAGACUGCCAACUAAACUGCAAUUGUAGCAUAAGAAAAAACGGAAGACAAAGAUUAAAACACUAAAUUAUAUUUCGCUCUAAAGCAUGAUGGACUAAAUUAUAGAUUCAGAACUGACGAUGGUAUUCGAAAUACGAUGCAAGGGCCAUGGAUACCUCUUUUACUUGAGUCAUGCCACAUUCUGGUUAUCAUCUCUUGGUACACAAGCUGUAUAUCAGGAGACUGGUCACAUUUGCGUAGAUCUUUUGUUGAUCUAUAAAUGUUCUGCCAGUAUAAUCAAACAUAAGUAUCUUGCAAUAGUAUUGAUAACUGUAAAGAGGCUGACAUUUUGGUGUUGCGAUACCUGCACAUUUAAAAUUUCAAUUUGCGCGGGUACAAAUUGAGUGUAUGCACGAGUGUAAGUAAUUUGGAAUGUAUGUAUGCGUGAAUUUCAAUAAAUGAAGCAAAACCAUAA